AUAUACAGAUGAAUAUAUCUUUGCCAGACAGAUCUGGGCAGAUCUCCUAUGAUAUAAUAAACAAUGAAGAAUAUAGACAUCCAGGUGAAAAAUGCUCUAAGAACGGAGAGAUAUCGGUAUGUUCCAGACAGUUGAACUUAUAAUUUGGUUAAUAACGAAUACAAUAAGAGAAAUAAGCGCCAAACUAAUUGAGUUAAAUAAUAAGACUAAGCAACGUAUAAAUCUGCAGACAUUUUUGUUAGUUUGCUUUAUUAAAUAUCAAACAAACUUAAGACGAUCAAAGCUGGAUAGGCCUGCGGCUGGGCUGAGGCAUCAUAAGGAGUUAUUUUGAUAUUCCAAGGACAUCGAUGUCAAUAGAAUGGAAAAUUUGACUUUAACCGUUAAAAUACGAUGUUAACCUUUGUGAAGAUAAACAAAUUCGGAACAUAACAGUUAUUGGACCUUGAGAAAGAAUGAAGCCAAGGGCCCCAAUCCGCAAAGAAAGUCAACGAUUUCCAUUAGAGGCAGCGUCAGUACUGUCACGAGCUUCGCAAUCAGCAGAUGACGAAAAAACACAAAGAUCAUCAGUGAAUGCUAUUUCUACACGAGUACAGAGCAAACAUUUUACAUUCUUACCUACAGCGCUUAAACAAUACAUGCCAAAGGUUAGAAAUCGAAGCCAAGAUCCGGCGCCGUAUUUAGCGUCUGUAUUGCAUCGAUUCAUAAUGAGUAAAAAAAAUAAUGAACUAUCAUUAGAGUCUAUACCCUUUAGUAGAAUAUCAGGAGAGCAGUACGUAAACUUACACGAUAUUGAGCUAUUUCAUACAUCAUCAUCAACCAUCUCAACAAAUUCUAAGCCUCAGUUCCAGCCGCCGAACGCAAAAGCAGCAUCCGUAUUCACAUCGCUAACGUCCAGAGUAAUGAAAGCCACAAACCGCGUUAUCGUUAAAAAACACAGCACAAGAAGUAAGAGCUCAAAUUGUGCAAAUAUUGAUAGUAAGAGAAAGAAGCCAGACCGACCGAAAUUACUGAUUCCACUGCCAACGUUUGGUGCAACAUCAUUUGUAACGCUUCUAACUCUUAUAUGUAUUGAAACGGUACUGCUUUCAACAAUGACCAACUGUGCCAAGACAUUUUAUAUGCAUUGGAACACAUCUAACAGCAUAUUCCGGAUUGAUAAUACCGAUCACAUAAUUGAUGUAAAUAAAGGUAAUCUGGCGUUUGAGUUUGAUCAAGUACACAUAAUCUGUCCAGUAUAUGAGCCUGGUACUUUCGAAAAUGAGACAGAGAAGUACAUAAUAUACAAUGUAUCUAAAGUAGAGUAUGAGACAUGUCGCAUAACCAAUGCCGAUCCGCGUGUAAUAGCCAUAUGUGAUAAGCCUCAGAAAUUAAUGUUUUUUACGAUAACUUUCCGGCCAUUUACACCGCAGCCAGGUGGUUUGGAGUUCCUACCUGGAAAUGACUAUUAUUUUAUAUCAACAUCAUCGAAAGAUGACUUGUAUCGACGAAUCGGCGGUCGCUGCUCCACGAACAAUAUGAAAGUUGUUUUUAAAGUGUGUUGUGCUGCCGAGGAAAAAAACAAGACAAUGACGGAUACGACGGGUCCCAUAAGCGCAUCAGCGGAAAAUGGCAUUGUGUCGGUUGGCAAUAAUUUAGAUAGUACUGGGGUUCACAGUGAUUCUAAUUUAAAUAGCCAUGGGCACGGUCAUGGUCACAAUGUAGCAAAUACAAUUGGAAUAAGUGGCGUCAAUACUGGCUCAAUGGGCCGCGGAGUAUCAGCAGGUUCUACCAAUAGUGGCAUUCAGCUAAAACCAAUCAGCGGCAUGGGUACUUCGAUUAAUACGAACAUUGAUCAUUUCAAUCGUAUUCCUAUACAACCGAAUGUAAUGGGCAAUAGCAUUGGAGCAUCUGGGGGUGGAGUUGGAGGAGGGAUGAACGUAAUGAGUGGAAGUGGUACAGGAGGAAUCAUACUAUCCCCAGGGCAUGGUAGCAUAAACAUGCUACCUCCAGGACGGGGUGGUGUUCAUAUGGCGUAUCCCGGCCAUCAUCAUAUCCAGACCGGAAUUCGCAUAAACAACGUACAAACGCAACAGAGUAAUCAACAUCCACAACAUAAGGGUGACAGCAAUGUGAACAAUAAUGGUAAGGAUAGAAUUAAAAGUCAGACAAAGGAUGGUCGGUUCUACGUGCAAGGAGUUGGAAAAGGCAAAGGUUUGAUGGGCAGCGGCGGCCUUAUUCAUUACUUGCCGCCAGUGGUUGAUACCAACCACAGCAACAUUGUACAGAGUACUGUCAAAUGGCCAAUGACUGCGUGGCAGGGCAUUAGCAUUGGCCCAAACGUAGAUAUGGACUUGCUUUUAUCUGCUAAUAAAUCAGAUGCAAAUUUGAAAGGAAUCAUUACAUCUAUACCAAUAAUUGGCAAUCAGUUGUUUCACCCAAGCUAUAAUAUUAAUGUCAUAGAGGUCACCAAUAACAAUACCAUAUCUAGUGACUUAGACAAUGCCCACAAACAUACUAAUACAAAUAAACACAAUCAAACAAAUACAAAACCAAGUAAAAUUAGCAAUUACACAGAAUCGUCCCACAUUGUGACAGAUCUUGGUAAUGAUAAUAUAAAAAGUAAGUAGAAUUUCAACCAAUGCAAUUAUGCUUUUAUGGUUACCCACAACCUGUCAUAGCCGUUUUUCCUGUACCUCAAUACUUGACUUAAUUGCACUGUCAACAGCGUUGAAAUAGAAUGUUUUUCUUCUAACUUUUUGGGAAGUUUAAAUAAAUUAAAUAGGUGUUUAUACCACUAAGCCAAUUCGCUCCAAAUCACACUAAAUAAAAACGACAUUCUGAGCUGGCUAAGUAUUGGACCAAUUCGUGCUUUUUAAAAAAUGUUCAACUCGCGCUGUGUCACACCCAACCAAUGUUAAACCAACUUCCUAUGUAUGUAAGAUCACAAAUAACUUUAAAUUGGAAAAGGCAUUUAAAUUCUGACUAAGUGCACUUGUUUUAUAUUAGCUUC